AUGCCUCUCUUCGUCAACCAGCGCUCACUCUACGAGGUCCGCGAAAGACCUAGCAAAGCUUACUCCUGGAAGGCCUUCCUCCUGGCUAACAUCGUUGUCGAAAUUCCUUACAACAUCAUCUUGGCCGUUCUGGUCUUUGGCUCCUACUACUAUGCUGUCGAAGGUAUCCAACCUUCCUUGAGACAGGGCAUGGUCCUUCUCUUCCUGAUCGAGUUCUUCAUCUAUGCCGGCACAUUCGCCCAUCUCUGCAUUGUCGCCAUGCCAGAUGCACAAACUGUAUGUACAAAAAUUUCACAAACCCAACAGCUAUCAGCGGUAUUUCGAACUCUGUUUUCGGAGACCAAAUCACUGUUACAUUGCAGAGUGUUAUUCAGGAUCGAGUGGUCGUCUGUUGAAAGCCUGUUGUCGCUUGCGAUGAGGCAGACUCUCAAUGGAGGCCUCCAGCUUUCUGAAUAUCACUCUGCAACAUGA